AUGAAACUCUCCUACCUCUUUACUCUUCUGUUCACGGCCACGGUUGCAGUAGCAACCGCAACACCGUCCAAAGUCCUCCUCCCUGUCAAACGAGAUGCUUCUAGCGUUGUUUCCGCCGUGAACACCAUCUCCACCCAGCUGGUUACGCUCAACACCACUGUGAGCAGCUACCCGGGCGGCAUUGAAGGAACAUUAUCCGCCCUGCAGAUUCAAGCGGAAACCAUCCAGCUCGAAGUCGACCUUAAGACUGCAAUCAGAUUGACGCGACAGUCUGCCAAUUUCACCGACACCGAGUCGCAGAAGGUAGCGGAAGCUUUCGUCACGUUAGAGCCCCAGAUCGCGUCUACACUGGCCAACAUUGUGUCGAAAAAGUCGGAUUUUGACGAUGGAUUGUUGGGCAUCGCAUCAUUGAGUUUUCUUGUCAAGUUCGAUCUGCAGGAGUUGAGCAUUUUGUCGAAGGCGUUGGGGUCGGCGGUGCAGGACAAAUUGUCAGGGACGUAUGCGGACUUGGCACCGCUGAUUCUCAAUGAAAUCUCGGCUGCAUUUAAGAAAGCCAUUGCGGCUUACUCAUAG